GCACCACUCUGCUCCCUGCAUACCAGCAUUACCAUCAGUUCCUGGUUUCUCUUUGUUUCUCCACGUGGCCACCACCAUCACAAUCGGCACUACCCUUAGUCCUUUCGACCAAAACAACAGCUGCUCUUCUUUACAUGGUGAACUUGCCCUCGUGUUUUCUUUGAACAUCAGUCAGAGUGACCUCAUGGAUCCUCCCGACGCUGACUGCAGCAGCGUUAUCUUCGGUCCUGGACACCCCGGCAACUCCUAACAUUACCAACGACCUUGUUAUUUUACUGAUUAAGUCCUAGGAAUAUUUUAUUGUGCGAAAGGCAAAUCUCCAUAGGUCACAGGAGGACCAGUUACUAGGUGGGAGGCCUCGUCAAAAAGUGUAAAUUCCAAACAAUAUGUGUAUUAAACCCCAAAUCCCCUUAUCUGUGUUUCGUCUGGUUUGCAAGUUUGACUACUUGUCCGGCAGAAGGCAGUCGGUGCAGGUGGGGAUCAGCCACGCUGAUUAGUCUCGCCCUGCCCUUCCCUUCCUUGCAUCAGCACCCACAGCACGAUUGACCAGCUGGGUUUUGCCGUCACUUCCAUCUCUCCCGCACCACCGCUGAGCUCUCCGUUUGACUACGAAGAUGAGGAGCGCUCUGGAAGUGCGAAACAGUUGGACACGCUGUGACGGGCAGCCGUGCUAAAGCGCAAGGACGAACAUACUGCGCCGUCCCUAUGCCUGGGGGGUUGCCCAAGGAACACGAUGCCCUCCCAGCACGACCGGAACAAGAUGCCGCUGGCCGUUACUAGGAGCAGGACAGGAUCUCACCGCGCAGGGAAGCAGGCGCCGGAGAGCUGAUCCCAGGCAGCGGGGCCACAGAGGCACCGAGAAUGCAUGAGGUCCUCGGUACGUCCUCCGCCGCAGCCAGGGAUGGAGCCGCCUCCACGCACUCUCACAGACACUGAGUGGCUGAGCAGCGGCGGCGGGGCGGAGCACGGGGGCGGCCGUUGGCCCGGGCCGGGCCGCUUCCGUCCCCAAACAGCCCCAGAGCAGGCAAGCAGGCAGUGCCGUACCGGUCACCCCGUGGACCCCGGCCCCGCGCGAUGGAGAUCGAGUUACCCCCCGCCGUCCGGGACAUGAACUUGAUUGACAUCCUUUGGAGGCAAGAUAUAGACCUUGGGGUGAGGCGUGAAGUUUUUGAUUUUAGCCAACGACAGAAAGAGUAUGAACUCGAGAAACAGAAGAAACUUGAAAAGGAGAGACAAGAGCAGCUCCAGAAAGAGCAGGAGAAAGCCUUGCUGGCUCAGCUGGAGUUAGACGAAGAGACGGGCGAAUUUGUUCCUGUUCAGCCAGCUCAGUGCAUCCAGCCAGAAAAUACUGAGCAACCAAUCAGUUUUUCACAGACCACAGAGACUUCAAAACCAGAAUCAGAGGCCUUGUCUUUUGAUGACUGCAUGCAGGUCUUAGCAGAAGCAUUCCCGUUUAUAGAUGACAAUGAGGCUUCUUCAGCUGCAUUUCAGUCACUGGUUCCUGCACAGACUGAUAACAACCCAGUUGUCAUUUCCUCUGAUCAGACUCAGCCACCUGAAUCACCUGUCCUAGUUCCACUCACUGGUGCAGAGAAUAUGCAGAACAUAGAGCAAGUCUGGGAAGAGUUAUUAUCCCUUCCAGAGUUACAGUGUCUUAACAUUGAAAAUGAUAACCUGGCUGAGGUGAGCACAGUCACAAACCCUGAAACCAAGCCAACUGAGAUGCACAACAACUAUAGUUACUACAGCUCAUUACCCUUCACAAGGAAAGAUGUUAACUGCAGUCCAGAUUUCCUGGGUAAUAUUGAGAGCUCCUUUUCCAGCAUUUUGCCACCAGAAGACACCAGCCAGCUGAGUGUGAACUCUUUAAAUGAUAUGUCCCCUUCAAACUCUGAUUUCUGUGAGGAUUUCUACACCACCUUUAUUGAUACAAAGGCAAAUGGUGAUGCAGCAACAACAAACACUAUCAGUCAAUCACUUGCAGAUAUUCUAAGUGAACCUAUUGAUCUCUCUGAUUUCUCACUGUGUAAAGCUUUUAAUGGUGACCACUCAGGAACUGUACCAGAGUGUAAUGAUUCUGACUCUGGUAUUUCAUUGAAUGCAAAUUCUAGUGUUGCAUCACCUGUGCACUCUGUUGAGUCAUCUGCCUAUGGAGAUAAGACUUUUGGUUGUAGCGAUUCUGAUGUGGAAGACAUGGAUAGCGCCCCUGGAAGUGCGCCACAGAGCAAUGCAAACUUGUACUCUUUGCAGUUCCAGGAUCAAGUGUUUUCUUCUGUGGGGCCAAGCACUCGAACACCUAGUUUGCAGUGUACAAACACACCAAAGAAAGAACCUCCUGCUGGUCCAGGCCACCCUAAGGCUCCGUUCACAAAAGAUAAACCUUCAAGCCGCCUUGACGCUCAUCUCACAAGAGAUGAGCAAAGAGCAAAAGCUCUGCAGAUCCAUUUUCCUGUUGAAAAAAUCAUCAAUCUUCCUGUCGAUGACUUCAAUGAAAUGAUGUCCAAGGAGCAGUUCAAUGAAGCCCAGCUUGCACUUAUUCGAGAUAUACGCAGGAGAGGCAAGAACAAAGUGGCUGCUCAAAACUGCCGUAAAAGAAAGCUGGAAAAUAUAGUGGAACUGGAGCAAGACUUGAGUAAUCUAAAAGAUGAGAGAGAGAAACUGCUUAAGGAAAAAGGAGAGCAUGACAAAAGCCUUCGUCAGAUGAAAAAGCAACUAACCACCUUAUAUCUUGAGGUCUUCAGCAUGCUACGUGAUGAAGACGGAAAGUCUUACUCUCCCAGUGAAUAUUCACUGCAGCAAACUACAGACGGCAAUGUCUUUCUUGUUCCUAAAAGCAAGAAGACAGAGACUAAACUUUGAAGAGCAGCACAGCUGGCUACUGUUCUUCAAGUUAUUAUUUUUGUAUCGUUAUCCUGAUAGUUUUUACUGUGAGGUGGAAUGCAGAAUUAGGUAAUAUUUUCCAAGUAAUUCUAUGCAAUUAAUGAUUUUAAAGUUCCUUAGUUUAUGGAAGAUGCAGGUUUAAAACUAAUAGUCUAAUGAAGAUGGGAGUAUGCAAAAUUUCUAAUCUCACUUUGAUAACAGACAUUUCCUUCUUAUGGCACCACUUUGACUGGUUUCCACAUACAUGUAAAUAUUUAAAGAUACCCUAUUUAUAUACUGUUCCUAUCUCUUGUUAUUUUCAUAGAUUUUAUAUAUAAAUAUAAAUGAUUUUAGCCUUCUAAAUAUAAUUUCUUGCAAGACAAACAGUAUGGCUUUUGACACUUGUUUUUUAUAAAUAUGCAAUAGUGUUUGUUCCCAUUUUUCUUACACAUUUAUACUUUAUAUUUAAUAUAUAAUUUUAAUGUAGUAUGAAAGUUGAUACUGAGUGUUUGAUUUUUUUUUUUUUUUUUGAUUUCUUACUUCAUUAAACUUUUUUUUUAAUGUCUGUUUCACAUACAUUUAUUUCCCUGAAGGGAAAAUCCUCAGUACUUUUUCAAAGGCUUAAGACUUCUUGUAAUGAAUAAGCUUAACCAGAGAUGUAUCACACAGCAUGGUCAGCAUUACUAAUGCUUCCUUCAGCAUAAUUUUAACUGCCACUUGGAAGGAUUGUGUUACACAAAGCUUCAUUCUAUGCAAAGUUUACAUCCUUUCUGUUCUGCUUUUUGAACACUAUUUAAAUUCAUGAUGUGCUCUUUCCUCCAAAGGCAUUUAAAAAUCUGUUAAGGCAUUGUCAGCAUUAUGCAUUUUUUUCCCAACUAAAAAUCUUGUACACUUUUGACUAAUUCUAGACUGCACUCUGCAUCUGCCUUGGAUCAGCAAGCAGCCUUGUCGCUGCCCUUACUUUGGAGCUUAUGGAAGGAGGUGCACCACCAAACAACGGCACUGUUUGGAACCUGUGCUUGAUUAAGUGAAAAGCAUUGUGGAGUUGAAAUAAGAUUUAUGAGAACAAUAAAAAUUGGGCAAAUAAAUAGCACUUGUCAAAUGGA